ACAGGAUGCAGAAGUGAACAGUGCUUGUUCAUUGUACCGGGUCAUCCUGGCUUCCCUGCUUCAACGCAGCAGCUUCCUCAGCCGGAUUGUGGGUGCAAGGCUCUGAGAGCUGCUGCUCAGUGGAAUACAGAUGGGUGAAUCCAGACAGCCGGGCGUCACUUGGAGGAACCUCUCAAGCUUUGCACGGGGUGGUUUUUAAAGAAGCCGAGUCUACCAUGUAAAGCUUCCAGACCACAUCACCCAUGAAGACCCCAUCGGCUAGGAAGAGCUUGACUUUCUGCUGCAAAUGCUGGGUUGGGAUUUAUUUGCUCCUGGGAUCUUCUGCAUGCCUGGCAAAGGAUAAUGAUCCAAAAUCGGUCCAUUUCCCAGGAGGUCCCAUUUUGCUUCCUGGGUCUCUGCAAGCCUUGACUCACCAAAGAACAGCUGGCAGGGGCUGUCAUGUUUGUGGCCCCUAGGAAAAAGCAAAAGCGCUAAGGACGACCUUUGAAAAGACAAAGGAUGGGUUUCCAUGUAUUUAGGCUACUGAGCGGAUCAGCAGUAGCCCUGGUAAUAGCUCCCACUGUGUUACUGACAAUGCUUUCGUCUGCUGAGCGAGGAUGCCCUAAGGGCUGUAGGUGCGAAGGCAAAAUGGUAUAUUGUGAGUCCCAGAAAUUGCAAGAGAUACCCUCCAGUAUAUCAGCUGGUUGUUUAGGUUUGUCCUUGCGAUAUAACAGCCUUCAGAAACUAAAAUACAACCAAUUCAAAGGUCUUAAUCAACUCACCUGGCUCUACUUAGACCACAAUCAUAUUGGCAGCAUCGAUGAAAAUGCUUUCAAUGGAAUACGCAGACUGAAAGAGUUGAUUCUGAGUUCCAACAGAAUUGCCUUUUUUCUUAACAACACCUUCAGACCAGUAACAAACCUCCGAAAUUUGGAUCUCUCCUAUAAUCAGCUGCAUUCCCUGGGAGCAGAACAAUUCAGAGGCUUAAGGAAGCUGCUGAGUUUACACCUGAGGUCCAAUUCCUUGAGAACGAUCCCCGUCCGGAUUUUCCAGGACUGUAGGAACCUGGAACUCUUAGACCUGGGUUACAACAGGAUCCGAAGCCUUGCAAGGAAUGUCUUUGCUGGCAUGAUCAGACUGAAAGAGCUGCACCUGGAGCACAAUCAAUUUUCUAAGCUUAACUUGGCACUUUUUCCAAGGCUGGUCAGCCUACAGAACCUUUAUUUACAGUGGAAUAAAAUCAGUGUUAUAGGACAAACCAUGUCUUGGACUUGGAGCUCGUUACAAAGGCUUGAUUUAUCGGGAAAUGAAAUAGAAGCUUUCAGUGGACCAAGCGUUUUCCAGUGUGUGCCCAAUUUGCAACGCCUCAACCUGGAUUCCAACAAGCUCACAUUUAUUGGCCAAGAGAUUUUGGAUUCCUGGAUAUCUCUGAACGACAUCAGCCUCGCUGGGAAUAUAUGGGAAUGCAGCAGAAACAUUUGUUCCCUGGUAAACUGGCUUAAAAGUUUCAAAGGGCUGAGGGAAAAUACAAUUAUUUGCGCCAGCCCCAAAGAGCUGCAAGGGGUGAAUGUUAUAGAUGCCGUGAAAAAUUAUAGCAUCUGUGGCAAAAGUACUACAGAGAGGUUUGACAUGCCACAGGCUGCUCCCAAGCCCACCUUUAAACCAAAGGUCAUUCGGCCUAAGCAUGACAGCCAGCCCCCCCUGCCCCCCACCACAGAGAUCCCCAAGGCCAGUGCCGGGCCCGAGAACAGCACCGAGCAGAUCUCCUUCCAUAAAAUUAUUGCUGGGAGCGUGGCCCUCUUCUUGUCCGUGCUUGUGAUUCUGCUGGUCAUCUACGUGUCCUGGAAGCGCUACCCUGCCAGCAUGAAGCAACUGCAGCAACGCUCGCUAAUGCGACGGCACAGGAAGAAGAAACGACAGUCGCUGAAGCAGAUGACUCCAACCACCCAGGAAUUUUAUGUUGACUAUAAGCCCACCAACAGUGAGACCAGCGAGAUGUUGCUGAAUGGGACGGGACCUUGUACGUAUAGCAAGGGAGGCUCCAGAGAAUGUGAGAUACCUUUAUCUAUGAAUAUGUCUACAUUUCUUGCAUACGAUCAGCCUACAAUAAGUUACUGUGGUGUACAUCAUGAACUUCUUGGUCAUAAGUCCUAUGACUCAAGUGCACAGGAAGAAACAAUGGAAACACCAUUAGAGACUGACCUGGAUCUGAGCACAAUCACAAGAGCAGCACGAAAUCAGUGAUCACACUCAGCUGACUUAUGUUGUCCGAAAGAUAACCCAGAAUCAUCACCAUUUUUUAAAAAUUUGUCAUGAAGAAUUAAAUCAGUAUUUCUCCAGGGAUGGAUUGAAAACUCCCCAUUCUGUUUAAAAAGUUACCUUUCAAAUACAGAUUGUUUCAAGUCUAUGAUUUGUAAUUAGCUAAGUUGUGCAGUCUUUUUUUUUACUUAAAAAUGAAGUAUGAUCCUUAAAAUAAAUCUUGGUUUGUUUUUUUUCAAAACUCAUCCUACCUAUCUGUAAAAAGGAGAAAAAAAACUGUACAGAGCUGAUGUAUUUUUUCAUAUUGUAAAGUUUCAAUAUACUGAAAUGUACCGGAAUGUACAGGACCAUGCUUUAUUUUAUUUUACAAUUUUCAGUCUUUAAAAUUUUAAAUUAACAAAGCUUGUGUUAUAUUCAGAGUUUCUCAGAUUUGUAGAAACUGGUUCCUUCUGCAUCUAUGCCCUCAAAACAAAAGCACCCUAAAAUUCUGCACUGUGCAAAUUAGGCACAGACACUCUCAUACAACACAAUUCUUUCAACAUGUUUUGGAAAUAAUCUAUUAACCAAAUUAGAGUUGGAUUAUUCAAACACUUGUUGACAUGGUUUCCGGAAGGGGAAGGCAAGGGGAAGGGAGCUACUAAAAGAAAAAUAUUUUUUAACAGUUCUCCAAAGUAACUCUAGCCUUGGAUUACAUGUUGCUUUCUCAAGCAAUGAAAUGUAAUGAUAAAGAGGGAUAUUUUAACACUUUUCUGAAUGAAUGGCUUGUUCUUUUAUUCUUUCACAACACCAAUACCAUAAUGGAAUGGACUAAAGGAGGGGGGGACCUCAGCUGAAGACAAAGACAGUAACCAUAGCAAUGAAGUUUCAUUAACUGGAAAAAACAAAAACAUUUGGAAGGGUUGACCUGGAUAUGGUUUUCUUUAGUCACAUUAUAAAGCAAAGUGACAGACACAACAGGUAAAUAACAUGACAAUCAGACAUUAUGAUUAAACACAUUGUAGUAACAUAUAUUAUCUGCAGGUAUGUUUUAGGGUUGUUUUAGCAUUGCCUAAAAUAGGCACACACCAAUAUGCACAUGUCCAAGGUUUUCCAAAAGAAGGAAGAAGGGAGACAAGGAAGGAAGGGAGGGAUAUUUCAAUAUAUAAUAUAUGAAAAACUGAUUUCUAAGAGAUGAACUCCAAAGAGACUGACAUAUGUGCCUUGCACAAGAGGGAUAAAGUGUAGAACCAACCACACAUUUCAGGUUUGUUUUGCACUUACACUGACAUGCUCAUUAUCUGAAAGGUAAGGAAGCCAUUUUCUAUGUGUUCCAUAGCGGGAAUAGAUUGUAAUUUAUUUUUACACAAAUACCCCAUAACAUCAUUUCCAGGGUCAUUCUAAAGCUCACUUAGCCAGGAUACCUCUGCCAUAAGACAGGCACAUGUUCCUUUAGAUCUGCAAAGGGUGAGCAUAAACAUUUCCCCCUUUAAAUGGAAAGGGUCAUUUUAAUUGGAGACAAAUCAUUUCAUUAACUUUAAAUCAUUUUAUCAUCUAUUGUUUCACAUAAUGUGUCCAGUAAACCCCCACCCCAAAUUAGGAUCUUUUUUUGGUAUUAUUUUGUUAUUACAUUUCCAUUUUUGGUCAAAGCUGAUAGGGAGUAAAGUCAAAGAAUAUCCUCUCUGUGUCUAUCUAUUACUACUUUAAGAAGAAAGUAGUAUACGGAGUCUUCAACCUAUCACCAGUGGUGGUAUUCAGCCGGUUCAGACCGGUUCAGGCGAAUUAGUAGUGACGACCUGCAGGUGGGUGGGGUGGCCACCCACCCACCCCAAUUUAUGCUAUCCUAUUUAGCCACGUUUUCUAAGCCAUGCUCAUGAACAAACCCUGCACGUGAGCGUGAAAGGCGCACAUGCUCACAGUUUCGGUGCACAGAAAACCAAUGGUAAACUUAUGUGAAACCCACCUCUACUGAUCACCAUUUGUUUAAAAGUCAUUCAAAGUUAUAUCAGCACUGGAAAAUGUGACUUGCAACUGGUCCUGGCGCUUAUAACCCUUGCAGCAUCUCUGCAGUCACAAGAUCAAAAUCUGGGCAUGUGACAACUGGCAUAUUUUUAUAAUGGUUGCAGUGUCCUGAGGUCACAUGAUCACCAUUUGCAAUGUUCCCAGGGGCUUUCUGACAAGUCAGAGAGGGAAGCCAGACACACUUAACAAUCACAAUUCACUUAAUGAUCGCGGUGAUUUGAUGGCUCUGGCAAAAAAGGUCAUUAAAAAUGGGC